GCAUCCGUUACGACAUAUCUUGAAGAGCUUCAAUAACGCAAGAGAUCCUGAGAUGUGCUGCUAGAAGAUCUGCAUUCCAUAUAUAGUGAACUCUCAGAAAAGCUACUAGGAGACGCUAUUACAACUUAUACAUGGUAACCAAGUCAUAUUGAGCAUGGUCGAACAGUAUUGACAAAUGCUUCUAACAAAUUGAUCAACAAGGAGAAAUUGGUCUACAUACCGAUAAGGCGAUCACUGGCUUCACCAGACCAGUGUGUUUGGGCUGCGAUUUCGAAAAUCGGUGGACAAUGUCAAUUAGUGCCACGUACACUAGGUUUGAAGGGCUUUUCCGAGGUAUCCUCAACGUACAUAUUCAUACCAUCACGACUUAUAUCAACCAACUUCGAAUCCUCGUGUCCGACCAGCCCGACAACAUUACCGCCAUCAAAGCCUUUAUCCACAGCAUGGGUCAGCUACGACCGUCACCUGAAAAUUUGCAUGGGGUUCAAGAACUGAGAUUCUUACCCAUUGAAAAGGCUGAUGGAAGUAAAAUGCUCGCGAAGCUAACCGAUGCAUUCUUUAUCGCCGACCGGAUUGGGUAUCAAGCCGCGUUCCAUGGCAAAGUUUCUAUGCUAGAUUUUUCUUUAGAAGGAGUUUAUAGGCUGCAUCGACUGUUAGAGUUGCUGCCUUUGGGAGACUGCUACCUGCCAGCUGCUGUUCAGGAGAGAACGAUCGUACUUUUUCCCGCACCUGAGCCAUCCUCAAGUCUAAACCGCACAUUCCGAAAAAAGGUCGGCAUCUGUAUCGGCUUUGAAGCGACAGUGCUAGCAUCUGAAGACGCCUGCAAGGUAUCAUUAUACAUGAAAGUGACGACUUCAAGAAAACAGUCAUAUUAUCGCACAAUGGCCUCCUGGUUACUGCAGAGACCGAUAAAGGGUUAAUUUGCAUUGAUCACAGCAAUGAUAGAAUUAGGAUAUAUGUUCCUCGAGAUCUGCGGCGACGACAAUGAUGCUACUCAACACAGCUCCCAAGGCACUAGUUUCCUUUCUGAGGAUUGAGAGUAAAACAGAAACUGAGUUCUUUCAAUUGAUUUGUUUCCUACAAGAAGAUGUUAUUGAUAACGUACUAGAUGACAACGAAAUCAGCAGAAUUUCAUAUGCGGACACCGAUGACCCUGACUUUCCGACAUAGGCGAC